CCCCAUCCCCAUCAGCCCUGUCCAGGUCCCAGCUGCGCAAUGUGGGCAGCUCAGGAUGAGACCCAGGUCUUGGGAACUUCCCAUGGGAAAAGAGGCUGGGGGACCCGAGGACCAUACCAGGGGCUCAGCCAAGGCCAAUACUGCCCAUCUCUGCCCCGGGAGGCCGCGUCGUGCCAGCCCCGGGGCCGCCGGCUGCUGGCCGCAGGCCUUGGCAGUGCAUCCGUCCGUCCGCCCGUCCGCCCGCCCGCAGGGACCAGCGCUGGCCGCCGGAGCCCUGCUCCGCCCUGGGAGAGGAGGGGCCGCCAGCGGGUUUUAACGGCCGCGCCGGGGCCGGGCGGCAGAGCGGGAGCACCGCGGCUGCCGGGAGGAUGCAGCCGGACCUCCCCGUCGGCGACACGGUGCUGCGCAGCCCAGCGGCCCCCGAGCCGUCCGGAGGCCCCUUCCCCAGCGCCGAGGCCACCAAACCACCCUAUAGCUACAUCGCCCUCAUCACCAUGGCCAUUCAGAGUGUGCCCGAGAAGCGCAUCACCCUCAGUGGUAUCUACCGCUACAUCAUGGGCCGCUUCACCUUCUACCGGGAGAACAAGCAGGGCUGGCAGAACAGCAUCCGCCACAACCUCUCCCUCAACGAGUGCUUCGUCAAGGUGCCCCGCGACGACAAGAAGCCGGGCAAGGGCAACUACUGGACGCUCGACCCCGACUGCUACAACAUGUUCGAGAACGGCAGCUUCUUGCGGCGUCGACGGCGCUUCACCAGGAAAAGAGGCCUCCGGGAUGCACCGGGCACCGAUGGGGACGAGGGGCGCGGGAAGCCCCCGAAGCAGCGGGCACGGGGGCCGCCCGCAGCCCCGCUGCCCGAGGAGGGGAAGGCAGAGGGGGGCUACCCCUCACCGGUGGCCACGGGGCGCCUGCCAAGCCCCACCACGCUGCCCGAGGGGGCCGGAGUGCCGGGGUGCGCCGAGCCCUGUGUGCGGGGGCAGCCCCCCAAGGCCAGGCAGCCCUGCCUGUACCUGCCGGAUGCGCCGCAGCCCAAGGGGCCGUUCCUCGCCCCCCCGGAGAGCCGCCUGCCCAAGGACACUGCCCUCGGGGGGCUCCCGGCCGCGCUGCAGCUGCCCCGGCCAGGUCAGUACGAGCGCCCGGCGCCGCACGCUGCGCUGCUGCCCGCCCUGCUGCCCGUCCAGCACAGGGACCCCCAGCAGGACUCGCCGGCCCCCCCAGGCACCCCCCCGGGGCAGCUGGAGGGUGAGGAACCGGCCCCCCCGGGGCUGGGGCCAGGCCAACCCUUCGGGCAGGUGCCCCCCGCUUUCCCCAGCCCCCUCCUGGGCACGGGCAAGCCCCCCCCGUCCUGCUUCUUGGAGGGGGAGGGCUACGCGCAGCCCCCCCUGCCCGUUUUCGGCUCCUUCGGCCGCUCGGGCCCCGAGGCGCUGGGCAGCAGCUACCAGUGCCGGGUGCAGGCGCUGAGCUUCUGCGUGAAGGAGCGGCCCUGCGGCACCGCGCUGGAGCAUCUCCUGGCCGCGGCACCCCCGGCCCCCGCUGCCCCCCGACAGGCGCCCUUCGGGGCCGUGGGGCCACGGGCGGGUGAGCAGAAGGAGCCGUGGGGGCCGGGGGGGGCGAUCCCGCUGCAGGGGGGCAAUGGGUACCCCCUGGGGUUGCCCCCCUGCCUCUACCGCACACCCGGCAUGUUCUUCUUCGAGUGAGGGACCGGCCCCCCGCACCGAAUAAAGCGCAUUCCCCAA